AUGUCUGAGUUUGUCUGCUUCAAUUUCUUCAUCUCUCUGCUCGGCAUCCACAUCGUGCUCCCAACUGGCUAUUCUGAUGUCCAGUACGAUUACCGCGGUUGUUACGCUCUGAUUGUGCAAACCAAUACAAAGUCUGUCACGAACAACAAUGCGUAUGAGGAGUGCAAUGAUUUCUGCAUCUCUCGCACUUUGGCUUACAUGGCUUUACGUAACGGAGAUGAAUGUUACUGCGUUGAGCGCGCCAUAUACCGCCUUGCUUCCUCCGAGUGCUCAGUGGCAUGCAAGAGUGGAGAAUAUCCGUGUGGCAGCAGGCUCUAUUAUUCAAUUUAUUCCAUCAGAGACUUUAUAGAUUUUGAACAUUCUUUGUUUGACAUCCGCAGUGGGAUAAUUUCUAGCGCAAUUAAAAUUCUUGAUGACAAACUGACGACCGAAAAAUGCUUAUUAAUGUGCGCUGAGCUGAAAAGAAAUAUUGCUCAAGUUAAUGCUUGGACUGGGCCGCCGGAACACCGAAAAAUUCCCGGUGUGCCGGCAGCUACCAAAAGAAACUGUUUUGAAGAAUUGAAGAAUUAUAGCCAACUAAAGGAUUGA